AUGUUAGCAACAACAGCACCAAACUCGUUAGUCAUGAACCCAACUUCAAUGUUAGUAGAGAUGAAAAGCUUCAUUCCUUCUUCAUAUACUUUCGAAACAGAAAUCCAGAAGAUAAAGCAAGAACUUCUCCAAGGAGAUUUAGACUGUAGUGCGAAAGAUGAAACAAAUGAAGAAUAUCUUUAUGAAAUGCAGGAUAUUAUUGACCAUCUACCUAAACUUCCUAAAAUACAACAACAAAAGCUUACUAUUCCAGAAUUCGAUGAAAUAGAAGUCAAAGCAACUGACUCAGUAGAAAUAAAGAAGUUCAUACGAAAGGUAAACUAUGAGUUUCUUGGAUUUCAUUGCAACCACAAAGUCAUGGAUAUUGACAUAUAUAAAUCUGGUGAGUUUAAGACCUACGACAACUUUGUUUCGUUAGUUGCAAAAUGUGUAUGGCAGAUAAGAGAUAAAGAUAGAAGAGGUAAAGUAUGGAACGGACAAAUAAAACCAGCAACUUUUGAGUUAAAGAAAACCAUUUACGCCUUAGUCAUACUUGCAGGACAAAUUUCAAUGUACAAUGCUAAAAUGAACCCACAAUGUUCUAAAUGUAAAGCAGCAACAAGGAAAUAUAACUACU